GUAAAGGCCGGAAAACGCACAGUAAUUACUGUAGCAUCUGCUCGAAGGUCUUUUCGUGUGACAGAUGACAGAAAUGCUGUCGUUAUUAAUGACAUGUUCUUCAGAGAUAAAGUCCUAAUGAUGCGUUUCCAGAGGUUUGCAACUGAUAUUCUUAAAGACGGAGCCUAUCUCGCCUUAUGA